UUCUAUUAUUAUCACGUGUGUCUUGUUUUCCGCGUGCGAGUGGUGGUGUUUUCAUCUGUUGUUGAGGCUUUGAGGUUUUUUUCGUGGAUUUUUCCUAAUUUUAAGAACAAAAAUGUCUAAAAGAGGAGGCAAACCUGAUGUUGAGGAUGCAAAAGAUUCCAAACGACCGGUUCCCCCCAUAGMAAAACCGAUAAACAUGAUGGAAUGGGUUGAUAAUAACAAAGAUUCGUUCGUCCCUCCAGUYUGCAACAAGCUUAUGUAUGGUGCUGGCCAGCUCAAGGUUAUGUUCGUAGGGGGUCCAAACACAAGAAAAGACUAUCACAUCGAGGAAGGAGAAGAGCUCUUCUUCCAAAUUAAAGGGGACRUGUGCCUCAAAGUGAUAGAAAAAGGCAAACCAAAGGAAAUCCUGAUCAAGGAGGGAGAGAUAUUCCGCCUUCCCAGCAGAAUUCAUCAUUCACCACAGAGAUUUGAAAAUACCAUUGGUCUGGUGAUCACAACUAUACACAAAAAUGUAAUAGAGAGAGAAAGACUUGCUGAAGAGUAUGAUGGGCUUAGAUAUUUUUGUGAGGAUGGUGUUUCUGUAUUGUGGGAAAAAUGGUUCCAUUGCGAAGAUCUUGGAACUCAACUUGGCCCAAUCAUCAAAGAGUAUUUUGCAUYUGAACCACAUAAAACAGGAAAACCAGAUCCAAGCAACAUAUGGGAUGAACCUCCCUUGAAAGUUGACACUGAGACUGAACUGCAACCAUCAUUUUCUCUUAAACAGUGGUUGCAGGAUAACAAGGGUGAUUAUGAGAACAGCAGCAAAGAUGUGCUUGAUGAAGGAGAAAUCAAGGUGACUGUUYAUGGGGCUGGUGAACAGACAGGCACUUCAAAAGGAGAAACUUGGCUUUGGCAUAUGGAGGGCAAAGCUAGUGUGGUUGUUGGUGAUGUUACAAGACAGAUGGAGAAAAACAGUGUUGUUAUUAUUCCUACUGGAUCGGAGUACAAGAUAACAAGAGAGGAAGAUUCUGUUGGCAUCAGUGUCACAAUGGAUCCUGAAGCAAACAAGUGAUAUAAUCAUGACACAAUUAAGAUCAAAAACUUCAAAAACUUUUGAUAGUCUUUUAACAUUUCUAGAAUAUUAGCCCAUGCUAAGCAACUGUGUUAUUGUAGAAUAUAUUAGACUGUGAGAAAUGUUAAAAACAUCAAAAAGAAAGAUUAUAGAGUGCAUGCACUAAAACCGUGAACAUUAAAUGGUACUAAUUAGUACUAUUUCAUACAGAAUCCUUUGUUUUCUAUUGUUUAAUUAUCACUAUUUARUGCUAAAAAUUAGUAUUUGUUUCACGGAUUUAGUGUGAGCGCUCUAUCUUUUUUGCAAUACAUGUUUAAUUUCUAUUAAACCUCACACACUAUCAAACUGCAUUCAAAAUGCAAAAUGGAACAAUAUUUCCAGUGUAAUUUAUGACCAAUAAUUUACAUGAUCUAAUCAUUAAGAAAUAUGUUAUUGUUAAAUACAUAAUACAUCUAGUAUUUGUAACAAAAUGAUCGUUCUCAGAUCACCAUUGCYGUUGCUGUACUACCAAUUCAGGAAAUCCAGUUUCAGCAUCCAUUUGUCUGUUGAAAACCAACCAAGAACACUCACCAAUUAUGAUUUCAGCAGUUGUAAAUACAAUCAUGUUCCCCAUCACAUGCCCCCCUAUGACGUUACCAUCCUUGUCUGAUAAUGAUGCAUGAAGAUGACCAUUGGCUGAUAAUGUUCCCACCAGAGAUACUAUUUCAUAACGGUUGUCAUGUAGUUCUUUAAUCUAUAAAUAAAGUACCAUAUCUGAA